AUGCCCCUGUCCAAUAUUCCACCUUUGUACAAGUCCAAUGGCUCGCUGGUGGGGCCAAGAAGUAAGAUGGAAGGAGAACCAGCCGCCCAGCCCUACGCGGCGGACCGACUCCGGCGAGUCCUGCACCUGAAGGUGGUGCUCUCCUGUGAUCCGUCGCGGGGUGAUUGCAUCUUCAUGAUGAUUCACAAUCCAGACCGGCAGCUCUCGUUUGCGAGGGUUGGAAGCAGCGAGUGGCACUGGAUCACCACCUCGUUCUGGGUGUCCCAGUACUCGGACUGCAUCUACCACGGCGGCACAUUCUACGCCAUGAAUCUCCUAGGAGGGAUUCAUCGCUAUACCAUUGAAGGUUCCUGUGCCACACGAGACAUUGUUUUGAAGGACACCCUGCCAUACAUGGCGUAUAACAUGUACAUUGCUCGGACUUCAUCCGGCGAGUUUCUGCAAAUCUGGAGGAUCACGACUGACACAAGCGAAGAUUCACUGGAAACGCGUACGAGUGACCUUGAAGUGUUCAAGGUUGAUCUUGACAAACAACAAACCGUGGAUAUUGAUACAUUGGGUGAUGAAUCCCUGUUCAUCGGGCACAACUACUCGUGCUGUAUUUCGAUAAGGGAUUACCCUAGGCUGCGGCCCAACCAUGUUUAUUUCACUGACGACGAUGAGUACUCGCUAAUGGAUGACCAAGAUUACCGACGGGAUGUUGGAGUGUAUAGUUUGGAAAAUAAAAGUACCACUGAGAUAGUCACUCCUGAACCAUGUUUGAGCAGGCCAAUCCCCAUAUGGAUAACACCAAGUUUUACCAAGAUCAACAAAUAG